AUGGCGUCGUCGGCGUCCGCGCCGGCGUCCAAGGGCCCGCGCUACGCGCCGCCGGAUCCGACGCUCCCAAAACCGUGGAGGGGGCUCAUCGACGGCAACACGGGGUACCUCUACUUCUGGAACCCGGAGACCAAGGCUACGCAGUACGAGCGCCCCGUCGCGGCCGUGCCGUCCUCCCCGUCGCAGCCGCCUGGCUACUCCAGGCCCGAUGAGAGGCCGAGAAGCAGCGCACCUUCCGAGCAGCGGUCGGAAGCCGCGGUGAGUCGCCCGCAGUAUGUGCCUCCCUCGGAUAACAGGGCAAGGAAUGAUCACUCGGAGCCACGCUCUGCAUCGGGAGUGAACCUUUCACAAAGUGCUCCGUCCACUAAUCAAGUUUCUCAGGCUGCCAAUGGAAGCCAAAUUUCUACAGAAGCAUAUCGUGCUAAGCAUGAGAUUACCAUUGUCGGCAAUGAGGCACCUGCGCCAUUCAUGACAUUUCAGUCCACAGGCUUCCCAUCAGAGAUUCUAAGGGAGGUUCUGCAAGCAGGAUUCUCGGCACCAACUCCUAUCCAAGCUCAGUCAUGGCCAAUUGCUAUAAAGGGCCGUGAUAUAGUAGCUGUGGCGAAGACAGGUUCAGGAAAAACAUUGGGCUAUCUCCUCCCAGGGUUUAUUUUUCUGAAGCGUCUGCAGCAUAAUUCAAGGGAAGGUCCAACGGUAUUAGUUUUGUCUCCAACCAGGGAAUUGGCAACACAAAUUCAAGAUGAAGCAGUCAAGUUCGGCAGAUCUUCAAGAAUAUCUUCUACUUGCUUAUAUGGAGGUGCUCCAAAAGGCCCUCAGCUAAGAGAGUUGGAGCGUGGUGUCGACGUUGUUGUCGCAACUCCUGGGAGAUUGAACGACAUUUUGGAAAUGAAUAGAGUGAGCCUGCGCCAAGUAUCUUAUCUUGUCCUUGAUGAAGCUGACCGAAUGCUUGAUAUGGGAUUUGAGCCACAAAUAAGGAAAAUUGUGAAACAAAUACCACCUAGACGGCAAACUCUUAUGUACACUGCCACAUGGCCAAAAGAGGUUAGAAGAAUAGCGUCGGAUUUACUGAAUAAUCCGGUUCAAGUUAACAUUGGAAACACUGAUCAGCUGGUUGCAAAUAAGUCAAUUACUCAGCAUGUGGAAGUCAUCCCACAUAUGGAGAAAUCAAGACGACUUGAUCAGAUCUUGCGUUCACAAGAUCCUGGAUCAAAAAUCAUAAUAUUUUGCUCCACUAAGAGGAUGUGUGAUCAGUUGGCUAGAAACCUAUCACGGCAGUAUGUUGCUUCUGCUAUUCAUGGUGACAAAUCACAGUCUGAGAGGGAUUCUGUGUUGAAUGACUUUCGAAGUGGCAGGUGUCCAGUACUUGUAGCCACCGAUGUCGCCGCUCGAGGCUUGGACAUAAAGGACAUCAGGGUCGUGGUUAACUAUGAUUUCCCAACUGGUGUGGAGGACUAUGUCCAUAGAAUUGGGAGGACAGGUAGGGCUGAUGCGACAGGAUCUGCCUACACAUUCUUCGGUGACCAGGAUUCGAAGUACGCUUCGGACCUUGUCAAGAUUUUGGAGGGUGCAAACCAAUCUGUGCCACCACAGUUAAAAGAAAUGGCUCUUCGUGGAGGAUAUGGUGGAAGAUCACGUCGGUGGGCAUCUUCUGAUGACUCUUAUGGUGGUCAGGGAUAUGGUGCUAAAAGAUCAACUGAUAGCUUCAAUAACAGCAGCUUCGGCGACCAGGCUGGGGGUGGUUCAAGCUUUCACUCGAGCUUCCAUAACAGCUCCAGUGGCAAUCAGUUUGGUGAUAUUACGAGCUUUCAUGGCAGCUAUGAUAACAGCUGCCGCAACAAUCAGACGGGUGACAAUGCAAGCUUUCCACCCAGCUCCAGCAACAAUCAGUCUGGGGAUGGUCUCAGUUUUCAUGAAAGGUUCUAUGGAUCACGUGGAAGGGAUCAGAGCAAAACAAGCAAUGAUGGAUUCCGUGCUAGGAGCAGGAGUCCUCCUGGCAAGCCCGUGGGAGUUUCUAAUUGGUGA